UUACAUUUUUGCGCAAAAUUGUCAGUUUGACAUUCACUUCAAGUAUUUAAUCCUAUCUGAUCGAUCGUAAAACAAACUUACAGAUAAGACUGUUUAAAUUACAAUUAAAAAGUUGAUGGUAAAAUUUUUUUUCUGCUCUCCGACUUGGAGGUUGUAUUGAAAUGUGAAAUAUCGAUCGGACGCAAGGCGAAUAACUAGGACAAAUCCUUUGUAUCAUUUCCGACUCUACACCAACUCCUCGACCUGACCUCACCACCGAUGGGCCCCAAAUCUGCUCCCACACCGGAAAUCAAAGUCCCCAUCAUCUGGGUGUUGGGCGGUCCCGGCUCGGGCAAAGGCACCCAAUGUGAGAAAAUCGUCGCAAAGUACGGUUUCACUCACUUGUCAUCCGGCGAUUUAUUGCGGAAUGAAGUGUCUAGUGGGUCGCCGCGAGGCAAAGAACUGACGGCGAUUAUGGAGCGUGGCGAGCUGGUGCCGAUGGAAAUCGUCCUUGAUUUGCUGAAAGAGGCGAUUUUGGCGUGUUUGCCCAACUCGAAAGGGUUCCUCAUUGAUGGGUAUCCACGGGAGAAGGCACAGGGGAUUAUGUUUGAGGAGAAAAUCGCACCGGUUAACAUCGUCCUGUUUUUUGACGCAUCGGAGAAAACGCUGGUGGAUAGACUGCUUGGAAGAGCGAAAACUUCAGGAAGAGUGGACGAUAAUGAAGAGACGAUCAAGAAGAGGUUGCACACUUUUAACACGCAUAAUGAUCAAGUCGUGCAACAGUAUGUGGCCAAAUUGAAGAAAAUCAACGCUGAGCGAAGCGCGGACGAUAUUUUCAUGGAAGUACAAACCUAUCUCGACCCUUUGGUCAAAUAGAAAUCAUCUGUUGAAUCUGUUACUUGUUUGUUCACAAUAAAGAUUGUUUAAAAGUGA